GUACCACGUGAUCCUCCACAUUCUUUCUCUUUGAGCGUGGAAGGAAAGAUCAUGGCGGCUUCCAUCAUUGUUCUGUUGGUUUUAGGGCUUUUUGCGCCGUUGAAUUCGCUCGGUAAGCCAUGAUUUACAGAAACAAUUAGUUCAACUUUUUAAUCACCCAAAGAGUCUUAACAGAAUUUCAGUUUUGUUGAGUAAAUGAGAAUUUUCUCCUCCUUUUGUUCAAUUCCACGAGGCACUCAAUUAUUGGUCCCUAGCACGUAGCACAAUUUUUCUAAGAAACUAUUAUUUUUAGUGCGUUCUAGCACUAUAACCCCUCUUAACCUGGUUAAUUCCUCGAUAAGAAAUAUGGGAAUUUAAAAUGUACCAUGCUGAUCAGCACAUUCUGUAUUUUUAUCUUGAUUAGGUGAUACUUGUGUUGGAGCAAAACCAACUCCUGAAAUCUACUCUACAAGGAAUAUCUUACUCUCCACAGAAAGUGUAUUUAUCGUUGAAUUUUCCCUCAAAUGUGACAAUAAUGCAAAGGUAUAGAAAUAGAAAAUAUAUAGAAAAUAAAUUAAUGCAUUGUGAUUGUAGUGUGCAACAACCAAGACAGACAGCUCUUCUGGAAAUGCAGUCAAAGCCCCUUAAUACGGUCACUGAGGGGGUUAUGGAAAGUGUCUGUGUUAAUGGGGUGACGGUAUUAAGCGGGUUGAAUUUAGAGAAAAUCUAAGGGCUUUCUUUCCCCAGGGACAAACCCAGUGCUGUCAACUCUCCCGGUCUCCAAAUUAGAGUCUGAUAUCUCCCGGAUAAUCACCCGAAGUUGAUAUUUCUUGUAGACUCGAGUUUCCAACCAUAAAAUUUCAAAUGUUUUCUGUCGUUUGAGCUACUGUUAACAUGGAACGUUUCCCCAUAAAUUCGGGUAUGCACUGUAAUUUAAGCAAUAAUGUGGCUAAAUAUGAACUGUUUAUGUGCUAUAUAUAUAUAUCGAUUGGAAUCAACGAACAUUUUUUGCACAAAUGACUUCAUUUGUCGUGCAAUAUUAUGUCAUAUAUCAUUCCUUCCCUAUCAAUUCUCAAUAUUUGAUGCUGUGGGGGGGUUGGCAGCCCUGAAACCAAACUGUCCAUAGUAAUGAAGUGUCCUUAUUAGGUGGGUGUCCAUAUUAGGUGGGUGUCCAUAAAGUAGGGUUUGAAUGUAGUGCAAUAAAGACAUGGAUGGUAGUCGGUUCCUCAUGGAUCAAAGGUUUGAGUGUGGCAUACUUUUGUUAAAAAAAGUGUUUAAAAAUGGAGAAAAUAAUCAUCCAUGAUGAAAUACCGUUAUUCAUUCUAGACAAUAACACUGACUACUGCUUUUAUCCCAGAAUGUGAACUUAUAUGCCGAAGUUAAUGGAAAAGUCAUGCCCGUUACCAUUUCCUCAGAUGAUGCCAAGUAUCAGGUUAGUCUCCACGCUACUGUGAAAGUCUUCAUGGUUAUUUCCCACAAAAUCAAAUUCGCAACAUCACUAUUAAUGAAUAGAUGAUCUUUGAGAUUAGACCGACAAUCACACUGCCAUUUCAAUCAAGUUUGACAACGUCAGUUGUGUGAUGAUAGCAAAGAGAUCUGGCAACAAGUUUGCUACAUGUUCAGAGUUUUUGUUGCUCAUUAAACGAUGCUUUUUUAUUUUCUUGUUUCCUUCACCGUCAUUAUGUCUGCUUGAGCUCACUAGUAGCGUUACCAUGUAAAAGAAUUCUCGUUGAUUUCAUUGCAAAACUGAUAAUUUGAUAGAAAACACCAAUGAAAAUUACCACCCCAAGUACCCAUACAGAGGCUCUAUAGUCUAACACAUGAAAUCAAUACUGUACAACCAUCCAAAGACUUGUGUGAUGAAUGUGAAUCAGCUACCCUGAGAAUUUACUCAUGAUUACACUGUUAGCAUCCUGAUGUGUCUUUGGAAUGGUCAUGUCUUCUAUUCUGGUAUUUUGAUUUGUCUGUAUUGCUUGUAACACAUGUCUGUUUUGGUUUUCUCUGAAGGUCAGCUGGGCAGAAACACACAAAGAAGCCAAAGCUGGUGUGUACUCAGUAAACUUCUAUGAUGAUGAAGGAUUUGCUGCUUUCAGAAAGGUAUCGUGAUUGUUACUUUAAAAAAUUGUUGUUACAAUGAUACAGUAAUUAAAAGAUACUUGUGCUGAGUACUCACAAUAAUAUUAUUGUAAGCCAGGUAGUUAAGUGUUCUGCUUUGUUUGUGUAGUUUUAACCAAUUGUUUCAUUGUAAAAUACAGUGGUCAUUUUUAAAUUUGGAGUUGCUAGUCAGCUUGAUGGACAUUGUAGGCCAUAAUAAUAAAUAUUUAAAUUACCGUGGCAGUUGAUAAACCUUUCUGGGCAGCUGUACUUUCCUUUGAUGGUGUUUAUCUCCCAGUAUUGUAACUCAUGUAAAAUAAAAUAAUAAUAAAAAAACUAACAGUAUUGUUGAUUGGCUUUGUCAGCCUGAAAAACAAAAACAUAAAAAAGCGCACAUUUUGCAAUGCCGCCAAUAGCUUGUCCACAAAAUGAUUUCUGAAGAAUAAGUGCAGAAAUUUCAUGCCGAUAAUGUGUCACUACCCAGAUCUGGGUGGUACUUUUGACUGGUUGUGCCACGAGGGAAAUUUGCUUUAACCAAUCAGAAGUACUAUCCAGAUCUGGGAAGUGACACUCUCUGCAAUAAGAUGCCAUUUCCCAGGGAAACCAGCGGUAGCUUCAUGAAAUAUCAACUGUUUUCUCAAGUUAUGGCUUUGGAAGAUUGAGUCCAGUGCGUGAUGACUUGUAUAUUAAUCUGUCAAUCCAAUGAGAGUUGGUGAUUACAAAAUAUACUAAAAACUGUCUGACCACUAGGACUCAACAGCAGAGAGCUCAAAUUUACUCGUGUGCAAGUUAGAAAGGCUUAACUGUAUGAUUAUUACAUGUACAUGUGACACAAAAUUACUGUUGCUCUCUCUAGGCACAAAGAAGCGGAACAGUUAGUGAGGCAAAGCCUUUAUUCACAAUUGAUGUUAAUCAUAAGGUGAGCCACACCAGUCCCUGAGACCCCACUGAGAUAAAAAACCCAAAAAAAAGAAAGGAAGAAAGUUUAAAAUCCAAGAGAUAUUUUUCCACGGAACUUAACAGAUUUUUGUCAGAGAUCAACAAAGGAAGUAAUUUUAUUUAACUUAUUAUCAGAUUGUCUUGUUUAUGUUCAAAAACAUUACUACCCAAAGACUUGUGAUGAACAUAAUCGCUACCAUGAUAGCAAUCAUGAUUAUACUUGAAAUCCUCUAAGAAGUUCUGAAAAUCUUUGGGUAGGCGAAAAAGUGUUAGCUUCUAGUUUUUCUUGUUUUGCAUAUGUUUGGUUUGUAUUUAGGCUUGAUUACCAGCCACUGUUGGUGGAAUGAGCCCACAUGCCCUCCCGAAUUAAGAACUAAUAAUUUUAAUAACAGAUGUGUGAUGAGCAAAAUUAAUAGAAGUGUGAAUAUUUCCAAUCUAAUUUCCAGGGAGCUGGACGUGAAGGCCUUUAUGUGCAGACAGAGUUUAUUGCGGUUGUUGCAGCUUUGUUGAUCUGGUGGAGUGCUAACAAUGUCAAAAGCAAGCUUCAGGAAUCAUAG